GUUAAAUGAAACGGAGUUUGACUCGCCUCGGUAAGAUUUAAAUAACAUGGAAGCCAAUACGUUUUGUUUUGGAUGUACAUUGUAUAUUUUAUAAGCGUAUUUUCGCUUUAAAAAAAGGAUUUAACGUUAUGCCUGACAAAAGUAUUUUAAAUUAAAUGCAUGCAGUCUGAAGAAGAGAGCAACCAUGGAGCCCUUUCUGCAAAAGAAGCAGACGUGCACCCCACAACAGGCGAAUGUCCUCACUGAGUCAGUAUUGCAGAUGCUGAUCUAUGAUAUGAGGCCGCUCUCCAUGGUCGAUGGUGCUGGGUUUCAACAAAUGAUAGCCCAGUUCAAUCCAGACUACAUCCUGCCAUCCAGAACCCAUUUCACCCACUUGAUGGAGCAGAAAUACAGUACAACGUUUCUGAAGGUAAAGCAGAUCCUAAAAGAGGUAAACAGCUACAUCACACUGACGUGUGAUGUUUGGACCAGCCGUGCCACAGAGGCAUAAACUGGCAAAGAGGUGAUAGAGAAAUUUGACAUGUUGCCUAGCAAAAUUAAAGCAAUAGUACAUGAUAACGGGUCUAACAUGGUGGCGGCAGCUCGACUCCUGGAAGAAAAACACGGUUGGUCUUCAGUCCGCUGUGCUGGCCACACCCUCCAACUUAUCGUCAACAGUGCCCUCAAAGAGCCCAGCAUCAACAAAGCUACUGGUGCUGCAAGAAACCUAGUUGAGCACUUUAGGAGAAGUGAGCUGGCAAAUUCAAAACUGAAGAAGAAGCAGCAGCAAAUGAACACUACAGAGCACAAGCUGAUUCAGGAUGUCAGUACGCGAUGGAAUAGCACCUAUUACAUGGUAGCAAGACUCCUGGAGCAGCGCUACCAAGAGGCAAGCACUACUUAGACCUGAAACCAGAGCAGUGGGUACUACUUGAAGAGCUGGUGCAAGUGCUAGGGCCUUUUGAAUACGCUACUGUUUUCCUCAGUGGGCAGGAGUAUGCUACUGCUCCAUGUCUUCCACAGCUGGUCAAAGGGCUGCAACGGUCCAUACAGCAAACCCAGUUUGAGACAAGCUCAGGAAAAGCCUUUCAAGCCAUUGCAGGAAAAGGAAUCAGUGAGAGAUGAGAGAAUCUUAACACUGUGACUGCAGAGAGAGACAACCCACUUGUUCUUGCAGCUGCCAUCGACCCAAGAUUCAGAAAGCUGAAGUUUAUCUCACCUGAAGAUGGCACAAGGGUGCAAAGUACAGUUGAAGUUCUUGCUAUCAAAGAAGCAAAGGCCAAGACUGGACUACAUGAUGACACUGAGGAGCUACAGCAGAAGAAGAGGGGUCAUAUCUCAGGGGCAAAGUCAGCGCUGGAUAACCUGCUUCAGUCUGACACUGACAGUCUGAGUGAGGAAGAGGAGGAAACCCAGGAGGUCAAAAAAAUCCAAAUGGUGAGGAGGGAAGUUCAUAUGUUCUUCACAGAGCCACCAAUAGCCAAAAAAGAAGACCCUCUCAGCUGGUGGAGCGAAAAUGAGGGGCGUUUUCCCACACUGUCAAACCUAGCAAGAUCUCUUCUGUGCAUUCCUGCAACAUCCACCCCUGCAGAGCGAAUUUUCUCAGCAGCAGGAAAUAUCUGCUCCCAGAAGAGAGCAAGUCUCACACGAGACCAUGUGGAUAUGCUGACUUUCCUUAAUAUGAAUAAACUGAACGACAUAGCCUGAGCCUCAUGUUGAUUUUAAACUUGGUCUGUCCACCAUGACAGGUUUUUGUUCAGGUAGUAUCACACAGUCCAUGUUUACAACUUAAAUUCAGACUCUGAAAGCUUAUUUUAAAACCUUUAGAUUUCAUAAUGUUGAGACGAGUUGAAAAGUUAUUUUGCAACAGAUUGACCACUGAAUGUAUCUCACAAAAUGCACUUAAUAUUUUGUUUACUGUUUUAUUGCUGCUAAUGUGCCUGCCCCUGGUUUACAGGAAGAAAAUGUUUACUUUAAUAAAUGUUUUAAUUUAUUUUUUCUUAUAAAACAAAUGUGCCUGUCCUUUAUAAAAAUGAUUGUUUCUUUAUUUAUGCAUUUAUGUCUAUACUGACCGAGCACU